AACCAUAUAAAUGCAUGGAGUGUGGGAAAAGCUUCAAUAGUAGUACACAGCUUACUUCCCAUCAAAGAAUUCACACAGGGGAGAAACCAUAUAAAUGUCUAGAGUGUGGGAAAAGCUUCCAUGAGAGAGGUCACCUUACUUCCCAUCAAAGAAUUCACACAGGGGAGAAACCAUAUGAAUGUGUGGAGUGUGGAAAAACCUUCCGUCAGAGAGGUAGCCUUACUGCCCAUCAAAGAAUUCACGCAAGGGAGAAACCAUAUAAAUGCCUGGAGUGUGGGAAAAAAUUUAAGAGCUGUACAUAUCUUACUUCCCAUCAAAGAAUUCACACUGGGGAAAAACCAUAUAAAUGCCUGGAGUGUGGAAAAAGCUUCAGGCGCAAUGACUGCCUUAUUGCCCAUCAAAGAAUUCACAGAGGGGAGAAACCAUAUAAAUGCCUGGAGUGUGAGAAAAGCUUCAGGCGGAGUAACCAACUGACUUUCCAUCAAAGAAGUCACACAGGUGAGAAACCAUAUAAAUGCCUGGAGUGUGGCAAAAGCUUCUGGAGUUCUACACAUCUUACUUCCCAUCAAAAAAUUCAUGAAGGGGAGAAACCAUAUGAAUGCCUGGAGUGUGGCAAAAACUUCAGGACUCGUGCACAUCUUACUUCCCAUCAAAGAAUUCACACCGAGGAGAAACCAUAUAAAUGCUUGGAUUGUGGGAAAACCUUCCGUCGGAGUUCUGGCCUUGCUCACCAUCAAAGAAUUCACACAGGCGAGAAACCAUAUACAUGCCUGGAGUGUGGAAAAAGCUUCAAGACUAGUUCAACUCUUACUAUCCAUCAAAGAAUUCACACAACAGAAAAACCAUAUAAGUGUCUGGAGUGUGGAAAAAGCUUCCGUCAAAAUAUAGGCCUUGCUAGCCAUCAAAGAAUUCAUGCAGGGGAGAAACCGUAUAAAUGCCUGGAGUGUGGAAAAAGCUUCAGUCAGAGUGGCAAUCUUACUUCCCAUCAAAGAAUUCACACAGGUGAGAAACCAUAUAAAUGCCUGGCAUGUGGAAAAAGCUUCAGACAUAGUCAGAAUCUUACUUCCCAUCAAAGAAUUCACACAGGGGAGAAACCAUAUAAAUGCCUGGAGUGCGGAAAAAGCUUUAGUCAGAGAUCCCACCUUACUACCCAUCGAACAAUUCACACAGGGAGAAAACCAUAUAAAUGAUUGGAAUGUGGGUAAACCUUCAAGAGUAGUAUACAUAUUACUUCCCGUCAAAGAUUUCAUACAGAGGAGAGCAAUGGUCCCAUAGAUCUGUAAGAUGUAGGCCCUGAAAGACUUUGUAGGUAACAAGGACUAUGAAAA